GGAGGUUGAUGCGAUUAUAGAAAUCUUUUCAAGAUCAGAGGAAAAGUAUGGCGUUAAAUAUGGUAAUUACAUUGGAGACGGAGACUCCAAAACUUUCAAGGCCAUUCUAGAUAAGAAUCCUUACGGUGAUGAAUUUCAAGUUGUAAAAAGCGAGUGCAUUGGCCAUGUAGAGAAGAGAAUGGGCACUCGGCUCCGAAAUAUAAAAAAAACACAAAAACUCGGUGAUAAGGGCAAACUAAUGGAUAUUUUAAUUAAAAAACUCACAACGUACUACGGUCUGGCAAUUAGAAGAAAUGUGAAUAGUAUUGAUGGAAUGAAAAAAAGUAUUAUGGCCACUUAUUACCAUUUGAUCUCUACGGAUGAGAAGCCACAACACGAAUACUGCCCGCCCGGCGAAGACAGCUGGUGUAAGUGGCAGAAAGGAAAAGCAAAUUUGGAUUUUUUUGAGCACCCUCCUCCACUCGAUCCAACAGUCGCAAAACACAUUCUUCCAAUUUAUGAAGAUUUAUCUAAGGAAGAAUUACUUCAGAGAUGCUUGGGCAGUCAUACGCAGAAUGCAAAUGAAAGUUUUAAUUCUACGAUUUGGCGUUUGGCUCCUAAGCAUCUUAAUUCUGGACUGAAAAUCGUUGAAAUUGCAUCCUACAUCGCUGCUGGACUCUUCAAUGAAGGAUAUUCUUCCAUUCUACAAAUUAUGACAAAGUUACAAAUUAUUAUUGGGAGCCAGAGCAAGAACUACGCUGAGAACGUCGACGAGCGCCGUUUAUCUCGACAGAAACGGCGCAACUUUUUAUGCUCUAAAGCAGCUCGACAGGCACGAAGAGAGCAGUUAUUGGAGCAGAACGAAUUCUACGAGGAAGUAGAAGGAUUAUUAUUGUAUGGCGCUGGAAUUGCUGACUGA